GUCCCGCCUAGGCGCGCUGUGUCUUGUGGGUGGGAACUGGCUGACUGGGUUUGGCGUUUCGCGCGAUGCCGCGGCUGGGAGACCAGAAGCUGACGCCAAGACACUUGAAUUAGCUCUAGCAGAAGAGAAAUGGAGGAGCCGUAGAGCAUUAAGAAUGAAUUCAGGGAGGCCUGAGACCAUGGAAAACUUGCCUGCUCUCUACACUAUUUUCCAAGGAGAGGUUGCUAUGGUGACAGACUAUGGAGCCUUUAUCAAAAUCCCAGGCUGUCGGAAGCAAGGUCUGGUCCAUCGAACUCACAUGUCAUCCUGUCGGGUGGAUAAGCCCUCUGAGAUAGUAGAUGUUGGAGACAAAGUGUGGGUGAAGCUUAUUGGUCGAGAGAUGAAAAAUGAUAGGAUAAAAGUAUCUCUGUCCAUGAAAGUUGUCAACCAAGGAACUGGGAAAGACCUGGAUCCCAACAACGUUAUCAUUGAGCAAGAAGAGAGGCGGAGGCGAUCCUUCCAGGACUACACUGGGCAGAAGAUCACCCUUGAGGCUGUUCUGAACACUACCUGUAAGAAGUGUGGCUGUAAAGGUCACUUUGCAAAAGAUUGUUUCAUGCAGCCAGGUGGGACCAGGUACUCUCUGAUACCUGAUGAGGAAGAGGAGAAGGAAGAGGCAAAGUCAGAAGAAUUGGAGAAGCCUGACCCCACAAAGAAUUCUUCUCGAAAAAGAAAGAAAGAAAAGAAGAAAAAGAAACAUAGAGACAAGAAGUCAUCUGACUCUGACAGCUCAGACUCUGAGAGUGAUGCAGGCAAGAGGGCCAGGCACACACCCAAAGACAGUAAGGCAGCAAAGAAGAAGAAAAAGAAGAAGAAGCACAAGAAGAAGCAUAAGGAGUGAGACUAGGAAGAGCAGAGGGGGUGGCUGAGAGAAUCAGGAACCAGGAGCCUAGUGCCAAUGAGCCCUGGGUCCUGAGCAACUUAAUGUGGCCUCCCACCCCGCUGACUCUGCUCCCAUGGGAGAUGGCUUUCCUCAUGUAGCAGGCAGGUUUGGGAGUUAAGAGUUCAAAAGCAGCUGCCUAGCUGAGUUACUGUUUCCUUGUCACACCCAGAUCCUUUGCAGUGACCUCUGUGUCUACCCAUUCAUUCACACAACUUCUUCACUCACUGGGAGGUCAUGUUACCCUCCCCAGCUGCCACUGCCAGAGCUGGAUUCCUAGGGGUCUAGGCUAAAUCCACAGGUCCUGCUGUGGAGGUGAAUCUGGCUGUAGUUGGACACAGAGUGAUUGGCCCCUUCCUCCUGUUGGUCUGUGUUGGGCCAAUUGGUGGGUGGUCUCUGCCGCAUCCAGCACAGGAGCAGGAGACCGGCAGCAGGAGGCAGAACACGGUAAGAAGUGGUGCUCACUUCUCCCAGUCCCCCAACACCGUUCGCCUGUGCUGGAAGUGACAGCCAGUGGCCACCGUCAGAAAGGAGCCAUCCAGCGUGACUGAGCUCGUGUGUGACAUUCCAGCAGAACACUGAACCAGACAUCUGAAGCCAAGAUCAUUGCUCUACUUUGUAUCUGCUACCGUGUGAGUCAGUCGGUUCCACUUCAGAUCUCUGCUUAAAUUCCUGGCACUAAA